UAAUUAAAAGAUAAAAUGUCUUCUUUACAUAGCCAGGCAAGGAAAAGCAGAUUGCAAGCAUUAUAAUAUUGUAUUAGGUUAUAACUUUUUUCAACAUGUUAAUGGUCACAUACCUUGUUGGUUCUGUUUAUUAUAUGCAGUUUCUUAGAUGACUUGAUGCUCGUUUGUUCCUAUAGAAGAUCUCAUGUGCUUGUUAGCCUAAAGCUGCAAAUAUUAUUUUCCAUAGUCGAUGCACCAGCAUCGCAUGGGUUCCUGAAAGUGAAGGCACUUUUGUCGUUGCUCAUGCCGAUGGAAACUUAUGUGUAUGAAAGAAACAAGGAUUGCAUUGGCGAUUCUUCAUUCCAAUACCAUCCAAUCCCUUCCAAUCCGACCGGCCAAACGGGCCCUAAGGUUUUGGAUGCUUCUUGUAUAUGCCUAACUAGCAAUGAAAUCCACUUCAAGAAUAUCAGGUUCAAGUCUUCAACAAAUAGAGGCCUAGUUCUGUAGCACUCUCCAACUCCAAGCAGUAUAAUCUCAAUGUUGUGCCACUUACCAAAUCAGCUAUGCUUCUCAGCCAAUUGCAGGGAAACUUCCAAGGGAGGAAUUUAGGCUCAUUGCAAGAAAAGGGCUUACAUCACACAUAGUGGACACGUGAUCAUGGCCAGUGAGGAUUGAUGCUGUAGACA